AUGAUGUCCUUCUCUAGCUCCGAUUCAUAACGUUCUUCCUUCGAUAGCUAGAAUUUCUUCACGUUGUUCCUCACGCAGUAAAUCUCGUACCUUCUGCGUCUAGUAUUCCCUACAACGACCUUCGUCCGACUGAUUUGAGGUGACUUUUGAGUCGACUCAAAAGUUCGUACGUACUGAUUUGUGGACAAUGAUCAAGCUUUGAGGCGCCUCAAAGCACGUCCAUUGCCAUUACUUCCCUGAGCUUCAGCGAGCGCGGUCUUUCCAAGCCUAAGCUAAGGUAGAGCGCAGAGCGUGCUUACUUCAGUGGCAAUGAGCGGAUCAAGCUGUCUCACGUCGUAAACCCGAGCCGUCAGAAUAAAGUUUACCACGCAGGGUGUUAGUACUAGCGUAAAUCUGACAAAAAGAACGACUAACGGAACAACGAUGGCGGCAACGACUAACGGAAUGUCGUCUUCUAGCCACGCUCUCAGCGCGGCCGUCCAACUCCACCACCACCUCCUCCUCGCCGCUCCAGCAUCGUUCCUUCUCCAGCACUCACUGGCCGCUCUCACCACGCUUUCUCACGCCCCUCCUUCUAUUCCCUCCGCCUCUGUACUUCCCUCCGGAACCUCUCCAGCUCAUGAACCCGCUACAGCCGUAGCGCCAACCACCUCCGCCACCACGCCUGUCAACGUGUCUUCACUCGCCAGGCGCUUUCUUCACUCUCACCUCUCCUCUCCCAUCCGACCCACCCGCUCGCUCGCGUCCCCUUCUUUCCGCGCGCGCCCUUCGCUCCCUCUGGCUUCACUGGCUCCCCCAUUCGCCGCGAGUGCCGCUCUUCCGACCCUUUCUGCGCGUCCUUUCUUCUCCUCCCGCGGUUCCAGCGGCGGCAAAGCUGACGUGGCGUCGUCCACGCUGACAGAUGCCGCGCGAAAGGCGGCGGGCGGAGCGGCGGGAGCCACGGCGGGAGAUGCGGCGGCGGCGGCGGAGUCGCUGAAGGUGGAAAACGUGCAGAAGCUCUUUCAGCAGCUGUCCACGUCCGAGGUUGCGAACGCGAUCCUGAACCUCGAAAUGGCGGCGCGGGAGAUGGUGGUGGACGCCAGCUCAGCGCUGCUGACGUCACCGGUGAUGCGGAUCCCGCUGGUGGCGGGGCCCGUGCUGUGGGGGGUGCGGAAGACGGCGCACAAGCACUUCUGCGCGGGGGAGACUCUCGAGGAGGCCGUUGCGACGCUCGACCGCAUGCAGCAACUGGGGCUCAAAGGCAUUCUGGACUUCAGUGUGGAGGACGCAUUAGAUGAUGAGACAUGCGACCGCAACAUGGAGGGGUUCUUGCGCACCAUCAAAAUGGCAUCACAACUUUCACCGCCCAUGGUGAGCUUCGCCUGUGUCAAGAUCACGGCCCUCUGCCCACUCCCUGUGCUCGAACGAGUCAGCUCUCUACUGCGCUGGGACCACAAGCUCUCCUCCUCCUCCUCCUCUGUCCCCAUGCCAUGGCGUCGUCCCUCCCUCCCCAUCCUCACUCCCGAGUCCCCCACCUACUUCACUCCCUCUUCCACGCCCUCUCCUCUCACCCCCAGCGAAUCAGCAGCCAUCACAUCAGCUCACGAUAGAUUAAGGAAGAUCUGUGAUGCCUGCGCUGAGGGUGGUUUACCCCUCUUGAUAGACGCUGAGUAUCAGUCUGUAGAGCCGGCGAUUGAUUACUUGGCGUAUGCUUUAAUGAUGGAGUAUAACAAGACGGGUGUGACUGUAACUGGAGGCAGGAAGGAGGGGGAUAAGACAGAGGCAGAGUUGCCAUUGGUGUAUUCCACGGUGCAGUGUUAUCUGCAGGAUGCCCAGCCGAGGCUGUCUGCUAGCUUCGGGGCAGCGCAGGAGGCUGGGGUUGGGUUCGGCGUGAAGCUGGUCCGGGGGGCGUAUCUGGUUCGGGAAUCCGCCGAAGCAAAGAAGCAUGGAGCGGCGUCGCCUGUGCAUGAGAGCAUCGACAACACGCACAAGUGCUACGACGCAUGUGCUGGGAUGAUGAUUGAUGCUGCUGGCAAUGCUGCUAAGAGGGCCUCUAAGGGGGAGAGCGGUCCGGCUGCUGGAGUGGUGCUGGCAACUCACAAUUAUGGGUCAGGCCGGGCGGCAGUGAUGCGAGCUGGCGACGCAGGAUUGGCUCGCACGGAUCCUCGGCUGCACUUUGCGCAGCUCAAGGGAAUGGCGGAUGGGCUUUCUCUUGGACUCGGUUUUGCGGGGUUCAAUGCGUCCAAGUACCUUCCCUAUGGUCCGGUGCGGGAUGUGAUGCCAUACCUUCUGAGGCGAGCACAUGAAAACAGAGGCGUGCUGGGGAACACACGCGAUGAACGGCAAUGGCUAAGGGCCGAGCUUAUGCGUCGAAUUCGCUCCGUCUUUGGAGCUUGAACUGCUCGUGUGUGGAACACGUUAUCGUGAUGUUGCUGAUUCGUAUUGUAGCUGUUAUGGCUGAAAAUUGUUCAUUCUAUUGUAAAACGGACUAAUCUUGUACAAUUAGCCUAGUUGGAAAAGGUAUAUCCUGCUUAUUAGUGUAGCCACUUCCACCUCUACAUUUU